AUCCAAUAACCAUCUCUAAAUCAUAGUUGUAAGCAGAGCGAAAGCAACAAGAAAAUAUACAAAUUGUAGCAAUUUGUUUAUUACAUUUACCGACACCAGUAAACUUGAAAUUACUUACAGCGAUUUGGCAAAUGAGAGGCAACAGAGACUUCGCAACGACGACGUGUUGACAGAUAUUCCGAGGCCAGUAGGAGAGGCAGAAGUUCCACUUUAAAGCGAAUGGAAAUGCAGGGCAGCCGUACAAAUAAUAAUGUCCCGGCUCGCUGAUUACUUUGUUAUUGUUGGCUACGAUAACGACAAAGAAAAAACUGCAGGCAAUGUCAACGGCCAGCCAAUAUGUGGAAAAAUUGUGCAGCGUUUUCCCGAGAAAGAUUGGCCAGACACACCCUUUAUCGAGGGUAUCGAAUGGUUCUGCCAACCACUGGGCUGGAAUUUAUCGUGCGAGAAACAAGAGCCGAAAUUUUUUGUCUCCGUGCUAACCGACAUCGAUGCAAACAAGCAUUAUUGUGCCUGCCUGAGCUUCCACGAGACGCUGGCCAUAACGCAGACGAGGACUAGUGUGGACGAUGAGGACGAGACUAUCUGUCCAACCAACACCAAAUAUCAGCAUCAGCAACAUGUGGUGGGCGCGGCCGGUGCCGUCGAUGUGGUUGCUGUGCCUGGCACGUCCACAGUGGCCACAACUGCGCCCAUUACUCAUCACAGCGUUAUGUAUGCGCCGAAGUGUUUGGUGCUCAUAUCGCGUCUGGACUGUGCCGAGACGUUUAAGAACUGCCUGGGCACAAUUUAUACAGUGUACAUUGAAAACUUGCCAUACGCCAUGGAGAAUCUGAUCGGCAAUAUAUUGGGAUGCAUACAGGUGCCACCAGCGGGCGGGCCGCAGGUGCGUUUCUCCAUUGGAGCCGGAGAUAAGCAAUCGUUGCAGCCACCGCAGAGUUCGUCGCUGCCCAUGACUGGCAGCGGUGUGCAUUUCCUCUUCAAACAGCUGGGCAUCAAGAACGUGCUCAUAUUGCUGUGUGCAGUGAUGACCGAAAAUAAAAUACUCUUCCACUCCAAGUGCUAUUGGCAUUUGACGGACAGCUGCCGUGCGCUGGUCGCGCUCAUGUAUCCCUUUCGCUACACUCACGUCUACAUACCUAUAUUGCCAGCACCGUUGACUGAGGUGUUAUCCACACCCACACCCUUCAUCAUGGGCAUACAUAGUUCGUUGCAGACAGAGAUUUCGGAUCUGCUGGAUGUGAUUGUUGUGGAUUUGGAUGGCGGUUUGGUCACCAUACCUGAGUCUCUGUCGCCGCCAGUGCCCAUUUUGCCGACACCGUUGUGGGAACAAACUCAGGAUUUGCUCAGCAUGAUACUUUUUCCAAAUCUGGCGCAAGCGGACUUGGCAUUUCCCACGCUAGAACGUCCAGCGCCGUUGGCCAAGACAGAAGCACAAAUUGACAAGGAGUUGCGUGCAAUAUUUAUGCGCCUCUUCGCACAACUACUGCAAGGCUAUCGCUCCUGUCUGACCAUCAUACGCAUUCAUCCCAAGCCAGUCAUAACGUUUCACAAGGCGGGCUUUGUGGGCGCCCGGGAUCUCAUCGAGAGUGACUUUCUGUUUCGCGUGCUCGACAGCAUGUUCUUCACCACAUUUGUCAAUGAGCGUGGGCCACCCUGGCGUUCCUCGGAUGCCUGGGAUGACCUUUACAGCUCUAUGAACGAACUGGUCAAGUCAGAGGCCAAUAAUCGCAAUCUCAUUUUAACACAUAUCCAAGAGCUGGGACGCACGCUGUACGAGAAUGAGUCCUCCAAUGCACCCACAGCCUAUGCCCAAAAGGUUCUUCGCCCGCCUGAGGGCGCCUUUCAUCGCAUUCAUCAGCCCGCCUUUCCACGCAUCAAUUCCGACAAAGUGGAGCUCAUUAUCAACGAUGGUCUGCGCAAGAACGGCCUCUCGCAGCGAUUCCAUGUCACACGCAAUCAAAAUCGUAUCAUACCCAUGGGCCCGCGUUUGCCUGAGGUCCUAGAUGUGGGGCCCAGUGUGCAUAAUUCGGCGCGCCGCUUGGAGGUGCUACGCACUUGCAUUGCAUACAUAUUCGAGAAUCGAAUUGCGGAUGCCAGAAAGCUUCUGCCGGCAGUUAUGAGGACCCUGAAGCAUCGAGAUGCCCGUAUUCUGCUUUGCCGCGAGCUUUUCGGCUAUGUGCACGGCAAUAAGGCGGUGCUGGACCAUCAACAAUUCGAUCUGGUCAUACGAUUUAUGAACAAGGCGUUGCAGAAUUCUUCUGGUGUGGAUAAAUACACAGUGGCAGCGGCUUUGCUGCCCAUGUCCACCAUAUUUUGUCGCAAGUUGUCAACUGGAGUCGUACAGUUUGCCUACACGGAGAUACAGGAUCAUUUAAUCUGGCGAAAUUUACAAUUCUGGGAAUCGACAUUCUAUCAGGAUGUGCAGGCACAAAUCAAGGCACUGUACAUCCUCCAUAGACGACAAAAUGAGUAUAAUAAAGAGGCCAAUAGUAUAUUGGAUGAGGUGCCGCUGGAGGAACCAUCUGCUCUGGAAAUAACUGCCGAGCAAUUGCGCAAGAGUCCCACCAUUGAAGAGGAACGCAAGGCCGAGCUGGCCAAAUCAGAGGAGUCCACUUUAUACAGCCAGGCCAUACACUUUGCCAAUCGCAUGGUCUCGUUGCUAAUCCCACUAGAUGUCAAUGUGGAUGCGGCACGCAAACCAAAGCCAGCGUUUCGCAUGGAGGAGAAUCAAAGCGUAUCGAAUAGUAUUAUGGACUCGCACAGUCUGAGCGAACAUUCCGAUGAGGGUUUCGAGGAGAAUGAUGCUCUAGAGAUUGGCGUUAAUGUCGGCAAGACCAUAUCACGUUUUAUCGAUUGCGUUUGUACGGAGGGAGGCGUCACCUCGGAGCAUAUUCGGAAUCUGCACGAUAUGGUGCCGGGUGUGGUGCAUAUGCAUAUUGAAUCUCUGGAGCCGGUAUAUUUGGAGGCGAAACGGCAUCCACAUGUGCAGAAGCCGAAAAUUCAAACGCCCUGCCUGCUGCCGGGCGAGGAGCUAGCGACGGAGCAUUUGCGAUGCUUUCUGAUGCCAGAUGGGCGGGAGGAUGACACCCAAUGUCUGAUACCAGCCGAGGGUGCACUCUUUCUCACCAACUACCGCAUUGUCUUCAAGGGCUCGCCCUGUGAUCCACUCUUCUGCGAGCAGACGAUCGUACGCGCCUUUCCAAUUGCCUCAUUGCUGAAGGAGAAGAAAAUCUCGGUACUCUACUUGGCCCACCUCGAUCAGACGCUGCCGGAGGGUUUGCAGCUGCGUUCAAGUAGCUUUCAACUGCUCAAAGUUGCUUUCGAUACAGAGGUGACGCCGGAACACAUCGAAACGUUUCGGAAGCUGUUGGCGAAGGCGCGUCAUCCCUUCGACGAGUUCGAAUAUUUUGCGUUUCAAUCGUACGGCACUAUGCUGCAGGGCGUGGCACCGUUGAAGACCAAAGAGAAGUACUCCACGCUGAAGGGCUUUGCCAAGAAGACGCUGCUGCGCACAGCCAAAAAGGCGGGCUUCAAGCAGAAGGUUCCAACGAAGCGUAAGCUCAUUACCGACUAUGAUUUGACCGCAUCGAGUGGGGGCGGAGGUGGCAGUGUGGAUGCUUUGGAAACUCGUUCCAUAGACGAUGAGCUCGAGGAUGGCGAUGAGUUUGAGUUGCAGAACGAAACAUUGCCGCGUCUGCUGACCACAAAGGAUAUUGAGCGCAUGCGAGAACGCAGUUAUGUUAAGGAUUGGAAGCGUUUGGGCUUCGAUGCGGAGUCACAGCAUGGCUUCCGCAUCAGCAAUGCGAAUGCCAAUUAUGCGAUGUGUCGUACCUAUCCGGCCAUUGUGGUAGCGCCCGUACAAUUUAGCGAUCCUGCAAUGACACAUUUGGGCCGCUGCUUCAAAAGUCAACGCAUACCGCUGCCCACGUGGCGGCAUUCGAAUGGCGCUUUGCUCAUCCGUGGCGCGCAGCCAAAUAGCAAAUCUGUAAUUGGCAUGCUGAAGAACACAACGGGCAACACAAUGCCCCACGAUGUGACGCAUUAUCAUGAGCAGGAUAAGUAUUUCAUGGCGCUGAUCAACACAAUGCCGAAGCUAACCUUAACCCAGUACUCGGGCAUGAAUCUGUCGAUGAGUUCGUUGCUGUUGGGAAGCAGUGGAGGUGCAGCAGUGGACGAGCAUCAGCCAUUAACGCCGGAGCUGACGCGCAAACACAAAACCAACUUAAAUGUUAACGACAACAAAUGCAGCGGUGGAGCGGCCAACAACAAGAGUAGCACCAUGAAGAGCAGCGGGAAUAGCAACAGCCAAGCGGCCCACGCUUUUCGCAAAAUGCGUCUCUAUGCGCUCAGCGAGAAAUCGCAGGCCAAGUCAAAUUUGAGUGCCGAUUGCUGUGCAGACUUCAUACCCGUUGAUUAUCCGGAUAUACGACAAUCGCGUUCGGCUUUCAAGAAACUCAUACGCGCCUGCAUGCCGUCGCACAAUACGAACGAUGCGGAUGGUCAGAGUUUUGCGAAAAUGGUCGAACAAUCCGAAUGGUUGCAGCAAAUCUCAUCGCUGCUACAACUAUCCGGCGCCGUUGUCGAUUUAAUUGAUUUGCAAGAGUCGAGUGUUAUGUUGUCGUUGGAGGAUGGCUACGAUGUGACCGCUCAGCUCUCAUCGAUUGCUCAAUUGUGUUUAGAUCCGUAUUAUCGCAGCCUGGAAGGCUUUCGUGUGCUCAUCGAGAAGGAGUGGUUGGCGUUUGGACAUCGCUUUGCGCAUCGCAGCAAUCUGAAGCCCUCGCAUGCCAGCACCAACAUUGCAUUCGCACCCACAUUUCUGCAAUUCCUCGAUGUCGUGCAUCAACUGCAGCGACAAUUCCCCAUUGCCUUCGAGUUCAAUGAUUUCUAUCUGCGCUUUCUCGCCUAUCAUGUCGUUUCGUGUCGUUUCCGCACCUUUGUCUUUGACUGCGAAUUGGAGCGCUAUGAUUCGGGCAUAGCAGCUGUGGAGGAUAAACGCGGUUCGCUGUCAGCCAAGCAUAUGUUUGGUGGUGGCAGCGCAGCCAAUGGUUCGGAUGAUGAGUGCAAUGUUUAUCCGAUGGAUAUGCGCAGUCCUCGCACGCCCACGCAACUGAAUCGCAUUGGACACUCGAUUUUCGAUUAUAUAGAGCGACAGCACAGCAAGACGCCACUGUUUUAUAACUUUCUCUACUCCGGCGACAAAGACGAAGUGCUACGUCCGCAGUACAGUAUAGCUGCGUUAGAUCUAUGGAGUUACUACACCAAUGAGGAGCUCGCUCAAGGACCACCUUACGACUUGGAGGUCACGAAUGUGGACGACGAAAUCGACUUGUCCGAAGUAAAGGGCAAACGCAUGGUCAUCAGUGCUGGCUAUGACAACAUUGAGAAAUGCAAUCCCAAUGCCUAUGUCUGUCUGCUUAGCGAAGUUAAGCAGGCAGAGACGGAACGCGGCCAUUUGCCACAAAAGUGGCAGCAAGUUUGGAAGAACCUUGAGGUUCCCAAACUCGAGCUCAUGUCGCGCAAAACAUCACUCAGCAGCAUGCUAGUCCAGACACAAAGCAAACUCCAGCACAAACGAUCCACACUCGAAUUCAUUAUGAAGGGGCGACUGGCUGGCUACCAAGAUAAGUUCUUUCAUCCGCAUCGCUUCGAAAAACAUCCUUAUACGACGCCCACGAAUUGUAAUCAUUGCACAAAACUCCUUUGGGGACCAGUGGGCUAUCGCUGCAUGGAUUGUGGCAAUUCAUAUCACGAGAAGUGCACCGAACUAUCCAUGAAGAACUGCACCAAGUACAAGGCCAUUGAUGGUUCUGUGGGACCGCCAAAUGUGAAUAUUUCCCAGGGGGAUACGGCAAGCAUUGCCUCCAGUGCGGCCACCACUGCUCGCACCUCUAGCCAUCAUUUCUACAACCAAUUCAGCAGCAAUGUGGCCGAGAAUCGCACGCACGAGGGACAUCUCUAUAAACGUGGCGCACUGCUCAAGGGCUGGAAACAACGUUGGUUUGUUCUGGACUCCAUUAAACAUCAGCUGCGUUACUACGAUACAUCCGACGAUACAACGCCCAAAGGUUUUAUAGAACUAGCCGAGGUACAAUCCGUAACCGCUGCGCAACCAACACAAAUUGGAACGAAACGCGUUGAUGAAAAGGGAUUCUUUGAUUUGAAGACCUCAAAGCGCACCUACAACUUCUAUGCGGUAAAUGCGAAUCUGGCACAGGAAUGGAUCGAGAAACUGCAGGCGUGUUUGCAAUAAACAAAACAAAUUGAACAACCACACCCACAAGCAUACAUGAAUGGUUGACACGAUGACCUUAGGUCCUGAUCUGGAACUACGCUCCUUCCUUAGGCGCUGUGUUGUGUAUUUUUUUGUUGGAUUAUUUUCUGUUUCCUCAGUAGGAUAGUGUCUAUGUAACAAUUUACAUAUGUAUAUUUAUUUUGGAACGUGUAUUAGUUGCCUUUGUGUAUUAUUUAAUUGAAUAGUUUAGUGGAAAAGUUGUUUAUGAACACACUCAUAUACUAGAUGUAUACUUAUAAAUAUAUAUAUAUAUAUAAAUAUGAAUAUUAGCAACAAUUAACGCAAAACACUGCUAAGAAAUUAGUAAAGGAAUGAAAUGGAAACCAUGAAAUAGCACUCUUAACUCGAUAUGAUAUUAUGUGAUUAUAUAACAAUAUUGCUGACUACAUACAAGUGUAUAUGAUAUAUGAUUAUGAUGAUGAAUAACAAGCAUUAACAGUAAACGUUUUUAUAUACAUUUUAUAACAUAUACAUACAUAGGUACAUACGUACAUAUAUAGUAAACAAAAAAGAAAAAUACCAAAGAUAAUUCCACCUUUGUUGCGUAACUGAAAUGCAUUUCUUGAUUUCUUCCUUUGAAUUUAAAAUUUAAUUAAUUACCAAGCAACAUUUUUAUACAAUGAUUUACUACAAUUAUAAUUAUUUGUGGCUUAAAAACUAUAUACAUUUUUAAACAAAUGCGCUUUAUUUUGAUUGAAUUGAUUGU